AUGCCCCAUUCGUUGUGCCCAAACGUUCUUGAUCCAUGUGACGCGACCGACGACGCCGAAAUUUCCGAUGGUCCCCAACUUUUUGUUCGCGGUGAUUCGCUAUUGCCUCACAGCGAUGUUGACGACAUUUCGGGUGGGCUUCUUGUUUCUGAGGGUGCAUUCGUGCCACCUAAAACUCCACAGCCUCUGAAUGAUGUGAUGGACCAGAAAGGUGAAGGUUCUGUGGUAAUUGAAAUGGGUCUUGCUGGGAUUCACCAGUGGAUGCCAUCUGUUGCUCAUAUGGGUCUAUUGUCUGAUGCUCCACCAGAUUAA